UGUAAAAACCUGGCAACCCCGUUAAAGAGGAACAUACAAAUGGUCAUAUGACCACAGGGACGAGUGUUUACAUUCCGCCUUACUGUAUGAGGAAAAUAAAAUAACUGAAUUUACUGUGAGCUAACAGCACAAUGACGAAGCUGCAGGUCAUCAACACGUUUCUGACGGAGCGCUUAAUGGCGACGCUCAAUGAAAUCAUGGACAUGAUCGGCGGAACGGUCCUGCAGUACGAGAAAGAGCUGGACAGCGUGCAGAAGGACAACGAGUAUCUGAAGAAGAGACUGAAGGAGAUCGAGAAAAUCGUCGAGUCGAACGGUCCGGCCAUUUCAAACCUUGCACCAUCACCACCACCACCACCACAUCUAAAAUGGACUUCUAGCAUUGAAACUGAAACAAUGGCUACAGAGAUCUAUCAGAAUCAGAACCAGGUACAAAAUGAACAGCUCACCUCAACGAAAGCAGAAGAGUUCUCCAACCAUGCUCUACUGGUGACUGAAUCAGACAUCGAUAUACCUUGUCCCCAGUUACCAAACACACUGGUUCUCACAGAUACGGACUUUGAACCAUCCACUUUAAAUGAAUUUCCUUGUGGUGUAAAAACAGAGCCUGAUGAAAGCCUUGAUUCACAGUCUACCGAUGCUAACAUAUCCAUCUAUGGUCCAGUACCUCAUUGCACUGCUCAGUUACCAGCUACUACUGAUAUUAACCACAUGCCUGAUCCUAAAGUGUUCAGUUUAUCGAAUUACACUGAUCUAGAAUCAGCUAAAUGUACGAAGCCAAAGCCUAAAUCCUUUCGAUUAUCCCACAGUAAAAUAAGCCAAACUGUGUUAAAGACCACUUGCCCUGAAUCAGGCGUAGCUCAUGUCAACUACAACACCGCUCAUCAAAACACAGACUCAAGAUCAGUCAGGAAUGACACUAAUAGCGGCAACAGUCAUCUCCGUAUAGCUAAUGUUGUGGUCAACCCUCUACGUCACACGGCGUUCAGCAGAGAGGUCAGGCAGGGUAGGGGUAGGGGAAGGGGACGGGGAGGAGGAGGAGGAGGAGGAGGAGGAGGAGGAGGAGGAGGAGGAGGAGUCAAAGGUCCUGGGACGCACAUAUGCCCACAGUGUGGAAAACUAUUCCCGCAUCAUUCACGGCUAAAGGUGCACAUGCUCAUUCAUACAGGAGAGAAGCCAUACGCUUGUGCUCAGUGUGGGAAACGCUUCAACAACGACGGCACUCUGAGGAACCACAGCCGCGUGCAUCUGCAGCUUCGUCUGUUUGACUGUCCUGUGUGUGCACGCAGCUUUAAGGAUGCCUACACCUGUCGAAAUCACAUGCGUGUUCAUAAUAGGUGAGGCAAUGGUGUUUCUGCCUCAGCGGCCAAAUUAAACAGAACUUAAGAUAGAGGAAAUACUCAUGGGAAAGCUUCUCUGGUGACCGUGACACGUGCAGUCGCUGUUUUCCUGCUCCUGAUUGCUAUCAGCAGUGCUAGAUAAUGGAGACAUUUAAAAUGUGCCAUGUUGAGAGACCCCCGUGAGAAGGAAUGAGAGACACCGAACAAUAUAAGAAGUCACAUGUUGAUCUUCCACACAUUUUGAGUAUAGUGUUUGAUGAUGUUGUUGAAAUUCCUUUCGCGUUCCUGUCGUGUCCCCUGCCAUCACACCAGUAGGAUGCAACAAACGAGUGCCAGUACCGCCAGCUGUUUACUGCUGCUUUUAGAAUGCUCAAUGAAAUUGUUUGAUUAGAGACAAAGUGUUUACUCUUUUGGCUUCCUCUCUAUAAAAGUCUAUAAGAGCUUUUAAACAAUGUCCAAAAACAUCAUAUUUGAAUGAAGUCCAACCUUCUAAAAAAGUUGUUCCAACUCUAGUCCCCCCCCCCCCCCCCAGAGAAUUAGAAUGUUGUCAUCAUUUACACAUCAUCAUGGUGUUCCAAAUCUGUAUGAUGUUCUUUCUUUUGUGCAACAGGAAGAACAAGAAUUUUGAAGAUUUUUGGUAAUCAAACAGUUUCCACUCCCAAUGACUUCCAUGUUUUUUUUUUACACAUAAAAUGAAAGUCAAUGUUAACUGAAGCUGCUUGUUUACCAACAUUCUCCACAAUAUCUUCCUUUACAUUCAACAAAAGAAAGUCAUAAGUUUGAUGUGAAAUAAUGUUAAUUUUUCAAUUUCAACAUCUGAACAAGUGAAUCAAGGCAGUGUUUAACUAAACCCUAAAGGAGGGGGAUGAUCAGUAUACAUGCUUAAAGUUUAUAUACUGUGUAAUGUUUAAAAAUGUAAGUUCUAAUGGUUUCUACUAGAUCCCACUAGGUGGCGAUUUUGAGCACUUUUAGAAUGAGACAAACCAUUUCAAGUUUAGUGUAGUUGCUUCCAAACUGUGUCAUCUGAUUUAUUGAACUGAGCCGGAGGCUUAUGUUCACCCUUAGUUUUUAUUUGUAUUUUUUGCUGAAAAUUUUCACAUAAGAGAUGAUAUGAAUAAAGUUGUAUCCAUGACGAAAGUUUAAGGCAGUGUUUCUCAAACUUUUUACUCUAAGGCCCCCCACUGUCUAGAACAAUGGCUAAAUAGUUUAUAGAAAACACUGGUUGAGUACCACUGCUUGAAGGGCUUGUUUCACUCAAUAUGCUUAUAAAUAUAAAUUCUGUCAUCAUUCACAUCACUUAUGUUGUUCCAAAUCUGUGUGACUGACUUUCUUCUGCGGUAAGGUAAAAUUUCCAGUGAAUGUUUUGGACUGUUCUUUACUCAAAACAAUCAUAUGGCACAGAAAGGCUCGCAAUAUAGCAACUGAGAUGUAUAUGAUCCUUUUAUCACGUUCAUCUUUUUUGGAGCCUGACAUUGCCUGACACCCAUCCACUUUCACUGUAUGGAUGAGAGCAGCUUAGACAUUCUGCUAAAUAUCAGAAAGAACUUCAUACAGGUUUGUGGCUGAGUAAAUGAUUUAAGAAUUUAGGAAUGCUGACGAUUAUGUGAACUAACUCUUUAAAAGUUUACUGCUGGGAUGCAUGAUGAUAGUGGCAAUGCCCCGGGCUAGAUACAGUGACAUAGACACAUUUACCUCACUGUGGUGUGCUGUUAAGUGGCCGUCUAAUUACCAUUUACUCAUUGAACACAUGAUCAACUUGAUGCAUCUUGAAGAACCACAGAAUCAGUGCAGUGGUUUUUCACAGAAGAAAAGGCUGAUAUUGUCUUGGUUUGGAAUUCCAUUUAGAGAAUAUAUUAUUGCUUAUUGUUAUAAAGAUACCUAAAUCCACAAUUGCUAGAACAAUGCCACCAUAACUCCCAGAAUAAAGCCUUUGCGAAUGAGA